UGUCAAGUCCGAGAAAUAUGUGUCAGGUUUUCAAAAUUUUUGCCGGAUCGGGAUUCAGAUAGAAAAAGGCCGGGUUUUGUGUCUCGGCUCUGGGUUUUAGGGGUUAAUAGGGAAAUAAGUCGUGUCGGGUUUUGAAUAUUUCAUAACUAAAAUUUCUUGAAUAUGAUUCUUUUUAAGGAUUUUAAAUUUUAAUUAAAUUUAGAAGAAGAAAGCGAUGUUGACUCCAUUUCUAAUAUCGAAUCCUGUGGUCUUCGCGCAGCUGUGCUUUCCAAAAGUGACCGUGUUGGAUCAUUUGUUGACAUGUCAUGUGGCAAUAAACUUCCUGCUACAUUCCAAAUACUUGUUAAUAUUACGAAUUCAAGAACAAUUACAAUCGACGUUAAACCUUCUGAUACUAUUGAGAAUGUCAAGGCAAAAAUUCAAGACAAGGAAGGAAUUCCAUAUGAACAAUUUUAUUUGGUAACUUAA